GUGAACCUUUUCAAAAAAUGAAGGAUAGAUUGCUAAAGAAAUUAGGAGUACAGGAAAAAGAAUUCGAAAAGUUUAAGUUCGCGGUGGUGUCAAUGGGCAAGCCACAGUUCAUUAUCGACUCGCCGGACUGUUGUAUCAAAGUCGACGAUUUCCUUCCUAGAUUUUCCGGUCAGAUCUAUCCACUUUUAAACGCAGGCACAUCGCCACACAGGCCUUGGCUUGGCCUGGAACAUGUCAACAAAGCGCCAAAGCGCUCUCGUAUCAACUACCUCGAAAAGGCCAUUAAGAUUUACAAUUAAAUUUCCACCACACGAAGAAGAAAUUAAAUUAGGCAGCCACUUAUAAUAAUUUAUAUACGACUCUGUAUAGUAAGAGAA